AGUUUUGAGAGUGAAAUACUCACAGCCAUUGAGAGACCUCCAAUUUAAUUUCUCAUCAUGCUUGUUCUGUAGUUCACAUUAAGUCCAGAGUAUUGAAGGAACGGAACAGGUGGACUUGUAGACAUCAGAUAGUUGGCCAUGCUGUUGACAAUGGCGUCUCAGGAUGCUCAGAACCUCUUCCAGCCUCUCUCUUCCUGGAUAUAUUGGGUUUAUGAAGCUCUCCAGCAAGCAGGAGAUACGUUAUCUGCUUUGCUGGUUAACUUCAACAGACAAGACUCUAAAUUGAGUGACAAGCUAGACCAGGACUUAGAUGAUAUUCAGAUUCAGGAAACUUACUUUGAAGAUGAAGAACAAAGCAAUCGGAGUCAAGAGGACAUAAAUUCCUUGUUUCUUGAAGUGGAUCAUUUCUCCUGUUGUAACAGUGAUUUGCAGGACUCUGCCCAAAGUUCAAGCCUCAGACUUAGCCAGCAUGCAAAGGACGCCUGUUCCGUAGUGACCCAGUGGCCCAGUCAGACCCUUGGUGACCAAAAGCCACCACAUGUGCUUUCUUCUAUUGCCAAGGAAGAACAUCACCUUGAAAAGCAAAGGAGUGGCCUUCAACAGGGCUUUGACAGCCACCUCUCUGGUAUUUUAGAAAACAUUAAUGGAAAAAUGCAAGUUAACACCUUUGGAGUUGAUGAGAAGCUGCCCACAUCUUCUGACAGCGACGAGGAGGUUAUCAAACAAUUUGAGAUUUCUGUGCCCCGGUCCCAGAGUUUCCGCUCGGGAGCAUCUGAGAAAGGAAAGCAGACAGGACUGGAGCAUAAACCAAAACCCAGCCGCUGGCUUUCCACCCACGAAGAGGCCAGCACAGAAGUGUCUGCCUGCAAAGGUUUGGAUGGAGCCAGCCAACUGACUUAUUCUGAGAAUCUGUCUUAUGGCGAAGAUGACCCCAUCUCUGCCCACUCACAGUCCCCUCGUGAGGUGGGGGACACCAGGCACCAUGGCACAUCUCCCCAAGAGACCCGCGUGGUCCGCAGCCUCAGCCGGCAGUCCACACAGGGCAGCUUGGAGAUGGAGACAGCUUUUAAUAACCGGAGAUUUGAAGAUUCCUAUGCCACUGACAGCUCCUCCGUGUGGAGUCCAGAGGAACAGGAUGCAACCAAUUUUCAAGUGCCAUCUGGGGUCCCGGAGCCCAUCUCAAAAUGUGGUGGCCUGGAUGUCAUCUUCGAAUAUAGAGCUGCCAGCCAGAAGCUCACAGUGACCAUCGUAAGAGCACAGGGCCUCCCAGAUAAGGACCGAAGUGGCAUCAACUCCUGGCAAGUGCAUGUCGUGCUGCUGCCCAGUAAGAAACAGAGGGGCAGGACGAACAUACAGAGAGGGCCCAACCCCGUCUUCAAGGAGAAAGUCACCUUCGCCAAGCUGGAGCCCAGAGAUGUGGCUGCUUGUGCUGUCCGCUUCCGCCUGUACGCCACCCGCAAGAUGACCUGGGAGAGAAUGAUGGGCGAGAGGCUCUUCUAUCUCAGCCACCUGCACCAAGAAGGGGAAAUGAAAGUGACUCUGGUUCUGGAGCCAAGAAGUAAUAUCAUUAGUGGAGAGUCUCCGCUCAGCCCAUCUGCAGUUUCUCACAGUGACAGUGCUUCAUCCACGCAGUCGCUGUCACAUGGAGGGGCGCCAGAGCUGCUGGUGGGGCUAUCAUACAAUGCCACAACGGGGCGAUUAUCCGUGGAGAUGAUCAAAGGCAGCCAUUUCCGAAACCUCGCGGUUAACAGAGUGCCUGAUACAUAUGGAAAGCUCUUUCUUCUCAGUUCUGUGGGUCAAGAGAUGUCCCGCUGCAAGACCUCCAUCCGACGUGGUCAGCCCAAUCCUGUCUAUAAGGAGACCUUUGUUUUCCAGGUGGCCCUCUUUCAGCUCUCUGACGUUACGUUGGUGAUUUCUGUGUAUAAUAGGCGUACCAUGAAGCGUAAAGAGAUGAUCGGUUGGAUUGCUCUGGGUCAAAACAGUAGUGGAGGGGAGGAGCAAGACCAUUGGGAGGAAAUGAAGGAGACCAAAGGGCAGCAGGUCUGCAGGUGGCACACUUUACUCGAAUCCUAGGUUUGCCAAGAGGUGUUUGUGGGCUAUACCUACCCUGGUGACCCGUGUUUUGAGUACUGAUACCAACUCAGUGCUUGCUGGCAGGCUUUUUUUAAAGACAGGCUUUAAGUAGGGAUUGGAUUCUAUUAGACCCUAGGACAUUCUGGGGGUGGAGGGAUCUUUGGGUUUCUCAAAGGUUUGAUUUGGAUUUAAAUACUGUAAUUUUUUUUAAAAGCCCAUAUGCACUGUCGAGUAUACUUUAUUGGAAAUGUUAUUGUAGUUGAGAUGAAUGAUGUUGAGUUAAUUUCUGUUAAUAGGUUAUUAAAUUUUGGUUCAGGCUAUAGAAGGAAGCUUCUCUGGCUGUCUCUGCUCCCUUCGAUUGCAAGGGAGAUGUUAAAAGUUACUGUUUGUAACCACUUGUGUGUAGGAAUCAGAAUUUUCUUAGUAUGGGGCAAAAUACUCCAAAAUACAGAAAUGAACCUGUCGCCGAGGUUCAUAGAAGAAUGUAACUGUCAUCCAUAAUCCCCUAUUUCAUGUUUUUCUCUUUAUAAAAAAACCCUUCAUUUAUUUGCCUAACAAAUAAGUUUUAAAACCUUACACUUAUAAAGCAAAUUUGAAUUAAAUACCUCUUUGUUUAUCUCACUUAUAUAUUGUGGUUUCCUAUGAGAUUUGGUUAGGUGACCCAUUUUGAAACUAAAAAAGAAU